GAAACAUUGAUGUGAUGUGAUUUUCGAUUGUCAUUUUUUGGUCUGAUCCUGUGUGUGUGAUUCUGUGGUGUGAUUUCAUGUGAAAACAACAAAGGAAAAUACGGAAAAAAUUGAUCGAAUACGUUAAACUAGAAGACAUGACGUCUCCAGAAGAACAACUCGAUGUGGAAGACGGACCUAAAGAUGAAGUCCAAAGCAAUAAUGUACCCAACUACGGAAACUCCCAAGGUACGUCCCGGUCGGCUCCAAAUUCCACGAUGCUCGCUCAAGUUGAAGAAAAAAUGCGUCGGAAACUCCAGUUCUUCUUCAUGAACCCUAUCGAGAAAUGGCAAGCAAAACGUAAGUUUCCUUACAAAUUCGUCGUACAGGUAAUAAAAAUAGUGCUCGUCACCCUCCAGCUGUGUCUGUUUGCACAUAACAGGUAUAACCAUGUGAACUAUACUUGGGAUAACAGAAUUACGUUUUCACACUUGUUUUUAUUGGGAUGGGAUUCUACUCGAGAGAUAAACGCGUAUCCGCCCGGCGCUGGACCUUUAGCCGUUUAUAAAGUUGAUGAGUUCUAUAACAGCUUGGAUUACGCCUAUUCUGGAUAUUCAAACUUGACAAAUGCCAUUGGACCAUAUUCGUACAACGAUGAAAACAAUAUAAAACCAGAUCCAGAAUUCUGUCAAUAUUAUUAUAAGAAAGGAAUUAUUAAUGGUUUCAAUGAGAGCUAUGAGUUUAAUGCUGAAAUUGAAUACAAUUGUGUUAACUUCACGAAUGUGGAUGCAAAAGGUUUUAAAUCGAAACAAUAUUUGAAAGAUGUUGGGUUAGAAGUCGAUUUUUCAGCUUUGGUCAGAGCUGAAUUGAAGUUUCCUUUGAAAACUAUAAAUUUCAGAGCUGCAGGACCAAUAACACCACCUGACUGCUUCAGAUUUGAUGUCAGCAUUAUAUUUGAUAACGAAGAUCAUGAUGGACAAAUGUCGUUGUAUUUGGAGGCCGAACCGCACAAGUUAACUUGCAAAGGUGACAAGACUUAUGUAACGGAUAAUAAAAUAGACCAGAUUCUGAGAAGCAUACUCAAUAUUUUAGUUAUUUUAAUUUGCAGUAUCUCGCUCAUACUCUGCAGCAGAGCUAUUUACAGAGCACAAUUAUUAAAAGGAAUCACUUGUGCGUUUUUCAGAAGAGCGUACAAUAAAGAGCUAAGUUUCGAUGGUCGUUUGGAAUUCCUCAAUAUUUGGUACAUUAUGAUUAUAGUUAACGACAUUUUGAUCAUCAUGGGAUCAGCAAUGAAAGAACAAAUCGAACGUAAUCAAUUUACUUAUGACGAAUGGAAUGUGUGUUCUUUAUUUUUGGGUAUUGGAAACCUUUUAGUUUGGUUCGGAGUUUUGCGUUACCUUGGAUUCUUUAAAACUUACAAUGUUGUCAUAUUGACUCUGAAAACGGCUGCACCGAAAAUAUUUAGGUUUUCUUGCUGUGCGUUGUUACUGUAUGCUGGUUUCACUUUUUGCGGUUGGCUUGUAUUAGGCCCUUAUCAUAUGAAAUUCAGAUCUUUGGCUACCACUUCUGAAUGUCUAUUUUCACUUAUUAACGGUGAUGAUAUGUUUGCAACUUUUUCGAUCAUGUCUAAAAAAUCGCCAAUGCUAUGGUGGUUCAGCCGAGUGUAUCUGUACUCCUUUAUAAGUUUAUAUAUUUACGUAGUUCUAAGUUUAUUCAUAUCAGUUAUAAUGGAUGCGUACGAUACCAUCAAACAAUACUAUAGAGAGGGAUUUCCUAAAAAUGAUUUGCAACAGUUUAUUGGUGAAACCAGCUUUGAGGAGGUAUCGUCAGGGUUGUAUCGGUCACAAAGUUCAUCUUCGCUUAACACAACUAUGAGUUCAUUUUUCUGUUGUAAUUUUUAUAGAAGAGCUUACUCAAAAAUUAAUGGUGGACAAUCAAAUGUAAACUUGUUAUAAACUCCACAGUUCAUGUGAUAUACCUACAUUAUAUUUCAUAUGAUUAAGGUAUUAAUGUAAUUGUUGAAAUCCAUAGUUCAUGAAAAUGAACAUUCUAUCUUUUCUUAGCUGACGUGAACAGUAAACAACUUGUUUUUCCUCACGGAAACCAUAAGAGGUGCACCAUUCAUGUUGCAUAGGACGUUCUUACUCCGAUCUUACAAUGAAACUUAUCAUAGAACAACGUCCAAAGUUCCAGAGAAUGCAGCAUGUCGCUUACACCUUUUUUCCGCGAAGUUUUCGACGAUUAAGUCUGCUAAUCAAAAAUAGGUUAAUAUUUGAACUUUUGAAAAUGUGAAAUCAAUAACGUCUUGCCUUUAUUUCUUUAUUUUUCCUUCACCACUGGUAGUUAUUUACUAUUUUCUGUUUCUUUCCAUUAGUCUAUAUUUUACUAUCAUUAAAAUUUACUUGGUAAGUAGCUAAAAUAUACCAUUGUAAAUAUUUAUCAUGAUAGGGUAUAUUUGUGUUAGAUAAACGCUGUACAUGUCGCAAAUAACUAGGAAUAAUUUAUUUCAAAUAAGAAGACCACGUGGCAAUAUCCAACCAGCAAAGUUAAUAUUAUAUGUAUUCAUUUUGUCUUAUUUGAUUGUUUAUUUUUAAAGAAAACUGAAUUAAAAUAUAAGAACUCUUAUCCGUUUAAAACCAAGUCGUUCAAAUGUCUGUCUCCAUUCAGGGGGUCUGGAGUUCUUCACCCAAACCUUUCUCAUUCUGAGAGGAGACCCGUGCUCAGUAGUGAGCCGGUGACAGGUUGAUGAUGCACUCUUAUUUAGUCAAAAUAAUAUUAAAACCUAGAGUUAUGUGAUCUCCAUAGCCAAGUCUUCUUAUUUGCAACACAUGUAAUAAAAUUUUAAUUAAAUUAAGGUACCAAAGAGGAAAUGUAUCAAAAUUAAGUUAAUAUUCAACUAUCGGUAUACCCUUUCACUGAGGUUGAUAGUGAGGUGAGGUUUGUGGGGUGCGGGUUGUGAGAAGGACAAGUUGAAGUAACAAUCAUUGAAGCCAACGUCGUCUCUGUCAUCCUUUUUUUCGUAGGGAAAUCCUCAUGAAUACCACUACUCCCAGAGAGGCACAGAGGUUAUGUCGGACUCUUACUGACUAAAACCCCACGCAUCGCCUGGUGGCUGGGCUACGGAGCCAAACCCGUUUGCUCAACCCAGCCAGCGGCACCUGGUUAGAACCCGCCUCCGAGACCAAUAAAGUUCCUACACACCGUCUGAGAGGCACUAGGAAGACAACUGUCACACUCUCGCAACCCGCGUCCUACCUAACGAACAAUCUCAGGUUGAAAUCUAUAGACCCCACUUUGACUUGGCUUAGACUCAAGUUUCAGUUAAAACGAGACAGAUUUAUGCCAGCGGUAUAACGCUGUCUCGUUUUAACAGUGUCUUUAGUCAGAGCAAAGUCAAAGUGCACUCUAUAGAUGUCAGCCUCAGUCGACCAGCACCUAGCACCUACCAAUAUUUUCUCAAUGUUAUAAACUUCAUUUAAAAUAUGGUAAAUUUUGCCACACGACAGUUGUAUGCUAUAAAUAUUAUUGUUCUGUUUAGAACGUUACAUCGGUAAGCAUUAUUUUUUAUUUCUUUUUAUGAGCAGAUACUUUUUAUCAAUAAAAUAAAUAAUUUAGAUUAUGAUGCAUGUGUUUACAAUAAACUGUUGAUAUUGAA